AUGGCAUCACUGGUGCGCAUGUCAACCUCAUGUCAACGUGUUGGACAACUCAUGCUCCUCAGGGUGCCCAGGUAAAAGUUUGAUCUUUAGUGGAUCUGUUUCAGUACAACUUUUUAGUUUAAAGACUAUUUAGAGAGCCCUUGAGCUGAGGUAAAGGCAAAGUAAAGGAACACACAAGCCAAAGGCCCAAACGGCAGUAUCUUAUCCUGGUUUUCUUAGCAUGAAUAGGCCCUUUGCAUUAAUUGAUCACGUGAUCAACUUUCAGUAAACAUGAAAACAGUUCCCUUUUAAGGGCUCAAAGUUCCUGUUAUGACUUAAAAGGAGAUUUGAGCCCUGUAAUGCUUAAGGAAAUAUUUCAUGACAGUUUGAAAAUUUUGAAGUUUACAAGAUUUGUAUGGAAAACCAUUCAAACAUGACUGGGAGGCAAAAGUUCUUUUUGUCAGACAAAUCCUUCUAAUUUUUGGCAGCCAUUGCAAUCGCUAUUAUCAGGGCUUCUGAUAGAUUGCGGAAAAAAGUCAAAUUUCGUGGAAUUUUUAGGGACAAAAUCGCGGAAAAAUUGGCCGAUUUUGCGAGAAUUUUCUGGGCAAACUUGGCCGGAAAGCAAUCGCUAAAAAAACGGUAGAUUUUGUGGUUAUUUUCAGGGCAAAUUUCGCUAGAAAUCGAUCGGUUUUGCGCUGAUCAGACCAGCAUUUUUAAUGUUUUUCUAACAGAGGUCAUCAUUUGCUCUUUCAACAACAAUACGCUCCAGAAAUGAACCAAUGGCAAAGCCUUUAACAUCAUGGCUAGUGCCCAGUUUUUUGCAACACAAUCUACGCCUGGUAGUUUCGGAAAGUUUUUUUGCAUGUUUCAGUGACGAAGUUUUGACAUAAAUUUGCGUGUUUACGGCAAGUAAAUAUCCCCAGUAGCUGAGACAAGUUUCAAAAUUGCUGUACAGACAUGUACUGUAUUCGAUAAGAUUUCUACUGAAUUUUGCGGUAUUUUGCGUGUUUUUGUGAAUUUCGCGGAUUUACCUGAAUUUCGCAGCUCCGCGACGGCGCGAAAUAUCAGAACUCCUGUAUUAUUGAGAUANUUUUUCUAACAGAGGUCAUCAUUUGCUCUUUCAACAACAAUACGCUCCAGAAAUGAACCAAUGGCAAAGCCUUUAACAUCAUGGCUAGUGCCCAGUUUUUUGCAACACAAUCUACGCCUGGUAGUUUCGGAAAGUUUUUUUGCAUGUUUCAGUGACGAAGUUUUGACAUAAAUUUGCGUGUUUACGGCAAGUAAAUAUCCCCAGUAGCUGAGACAAGUUUCAAAAUUGCUGUACAGACAUGUACUGUAUUCGAUAAGAUUUCUACUGAAUUUUGCGGUAUUUUGCGUGUUUUUGUGAAUUUCGCGGAUUUACCUGAAUUUCGCAGCUCCGCGACGGCGCGAAAUAUCAGAACUCCUGUAUUAUUGAGAUAUCCUGCUUUAAAUUUACAGGUUACUUUAAUAAUUUUAUUAUGCUUUUUCAUUUCCUGCUAACAAAAUUUUUCAAAAGUGAGCUAUUUUCGUGUUUACCAAAAGUUGAUCACGUGAUCAACUAAUGCAAAAGGCCAAUAAUUGUCCCAGGAGUAUUGCUACUCCCCCCUGGACAAGAUGCAAGUUCAACACAGGGUUACCCCCAAGCAGUAUCUGUAUAUCACCAGUACUAAUUUAUACACUUGGGUGAAGAUUCAAUAGGGGUUUCUUGGUGUUAAUUAGGACUGAAGCUGUUAAGAUGCAAAUCAGAUUACCUGUGUAACAAUCAAGUCCACAUUUAAUGUUGAAAGUCAGGAUUCUUACCUUAUAAUCUAUUAAUCACAUAUUGUAACACCCUAGUUUUUGCUCUCCUUUAGAGAUGUACUUGAUGAUCUACAAUCCUGGACAAAACUGUUGAGAAAAUUGUAUACUUGCAGAGCAUUUUUCUAAACAUUGUAGCUGUACCGGCUCUUCCUUCUCCCCCUUCCCUUGAAAGCAAUUAAUGUUGUUGUGUAUUCAAAAGAAACCCUGAUCCGUGGGCGUUUGUAGGAAGGAACAUUGAACUGGGCGAAGGGGAUUUCUUUCCGCAAACCCAUUGUUUUAGAAAUAGUUUUGUUACGUAGGAAAGGGGACAUGAUGGGCAAAACUUCUCAAGUAGUUUUGUCUGGGAUUGUAGCUCCUUAGACUUAGCAAUAAGUUUUGGAAAUCACUUGAAAAAAUUGGGGACUGCCAAAAUAGUAACUGUAAAUCUGUUAUACGGAUCAUAAUUGUGUAGAAAGGGAAGAUGUAUGUACAGUUAUUAUUCUGAAAUUGUAGGUUUAUAUUAAAGGCAUCCAAAGUGUACGACUCUAUCAUGUUAGAACUUUCCAAUCCUGGAUUAGUGACAGUUGAGUUGCUGAUUUAAUAAAUUUUUAGAUGUUCAGUGAGAAUGAACUUGAGAAAACCCAUAAGGAAUAUGAGUAGCACGCAUACCACAUCAGCUGCUCCAGGAUCUGCAAACUAUUCAGGCAUUGGAGCAUUGAUAGGAACUUUAACAGGACUGGCCCUUGCUGUCAACAAGCAUAAGGUACCUGCUUAUCUCUUAUAACCCUAGUGUCAGAGAAUAGUAAGAAAAUGAUACGUGAACAUAUCAUGACUUUGGGGCUAACAUGUGGGAGUAUAAUUAAAUACUAUGCCAUAAAUCUCUUGAUAAAUGUUUAGGCUUUGAAUAAUUAGUCAACCUCUAAAGUUGGUAUACACAUGAUUGUAUGAAAUAACCUUUUUCUAAUAUAUUAUUUUUGCCAACGCCUAUCAAUCUGUCACCAUAAGACCACUUGUCCCUCCCAUGAUUUCUUUGCUUCUUUGGAUAAAUUAAGGCAGUGAAUUAGGCAAGGGGUUAUAGAUAGAAGUAACCGUGGCAGGAUUAGCUCAGUCAGUAGAGUGCUUGACUGCAGACCGGGAGGUCGCAGGUUCAAUUCCCGGGGUUGCACCAAUACUCAGGCUCUUAAAAUAACUGAGAAAUGAAGGUACUCACUUUGCACUUCAAGCAGCUAGACCUUUGCGUGGCUCAGAUUACCACAUAAAAUGGUGGUCCUGUCUCCAGUUGGAGUUGGUAUUUUCGUGCUAAAUACCGGAUUGACACUCAAAUAAAGUGCAUUUUUUUAUCUGGUUUUAAUGGUAUACCCUAAGGGACUGGUCAAAAAGUAUAGAUGGGGUUGGGCCGGAGCAGAGAGGGGGUGGGUCAUGAGGUUUCGAGCCUUGUGCAAGGGGUGGGUCGUGCAAUUUUCAGCUACCCUUAGGGGGUGGGUCACCCUAUUUUUCACUAACUACUAACAAGACAGUUGACUACACUUGUUAUAUAAAACACAGCCAACUGGAAUUAUGCUAAAAUACUCAAAAACCUGUUGUACGAGAAAAUACAAAGGUUGACAGGCCGCACAUCUAUACGGGCGUGGAACCCUCUGUGAACCGUUUUUCUUCUUUUUUGUAAGGAAAUGAUUGGUGGUUCUUUAAAAAUUUAUUGAAGUUAAAAAAAAAGAGAAAAAAAAAAAAAAAAAAAAAAAAGAACAAGAGGGGGGGGGGGGAGUUUGUUUUUUUGGAGGGGGGAGAAAACACAAAAAAAAAGAGGAAAGCGGUGGGUGUGAAAAAAAAAAAAAAAAAAAGGCUGUGUUUGUGGGAGAGCCCCCCCCGGGGGGGGGGGGGGGGGGGGGGGGAGUGCCCCCCUCCACCCUCUGUAGAUCCACCCCUGCUAAGCUGCUACAUUCCUUACAUACUUGUUGUAUUUUCCCGGCAACUGUAGUGACAGCCCUACAAGCAGAGUGUAGCUAAAUCUCGACCCACAACAUUUAGCUACGCUCCUGCAAGCAGGGUUUGCAUGCACCUUGAAAGUCUUUGAAGACUGCAGUGAGUGCUGGAAAGUCCUUGAAUUUCAAUGCAAACUUUAUAGUUUAAGUAGAACUCCGAAGAAAAAGGAGCAAACAUAGAAAGAUCAGGAUAAAAUUACUCAUGUUGAUUAUGAUAAAUAUAAAUAAUAAAAAAAAACACUGAGGAUCAGAGUUAAAAGUCUUUCUGUUUUCCAUUGCUGUUUAGUGACAAAAACUACAUGUUCAGCAUGUUAAAUCAUUCUUAAAUUAAUACAGUGUACCAUAAAUAAUUGGUUUUGAUUUCAGUUCCCUAAUGUUUCCAUGUGAUUGCCAAGAGUGAUUGCUGAGUUGAUUUACGAAAUAUAAGCAAUAUUGCUCUCUCCCAGUGUUUCAAUGGGGGUUUCUAAGUGUUAAUUAGGACUGAAGCUGUUAAGAUGCCAAUCAGACUACAUGUGUAGUCAAGAUCCGUACCUUAUAAUAUAUUAAUCAGAUAUUGUAACACCCUAGUUUUUGCUCUUCUUUAGAGAUCUACUUGAUGACCUAGCUCCUUAGACUUAGCUAUAAGUUUUGGAAAUCACUAAAAAAAUUGGGGACUGCCCAAAAGGGGAACUGUAAAUCUGUUUUACCGAUCAUAAUUGUGUAGAAAGUGAAGAUGUGUUUACAGUUAUUAUUCUGAAAUUGUAGGUUUGAAUUAAAGGCAUUCAAAGAGUAUGACUCUUUCUUGUUAGAACUUUCCAAUCCUGGAUCAGUGACAAUUGAUUUGCUGAUUUGAUAAAUUUUUAGAUGUUCAGUGAGAAUGAACUUGGCAAAACCCAUAAGGAAUAUGAGUAGCACUCAUACCACAUCAGCUGCUCCAGGAUCUGCAAACUAUUCAGGCAUUGGAGCAUUGAUAGGAACUUUAACAGGACUGGCUCUCGCUGUUAACAAGCAUAAGGUACCUACAUAUCUCUUAUCACCCUAG